AUGUCGAAAAAGGAGCAUCUUCAGGGAAUUAGAGCAAUUGCUAUAAUUUCAGUAUUAGCAUUUCAUUUUUUCCCCGAUUAUUUUCCAAAUGGAUUUUUGGGUGUUGAUCAGUGAGUUUAAUUUUCAAAAUGUUGCCGCUAUAUGCUUCAGGAUUACUGUAGAGCUUUCUGAAAAAUAUUUUCAGAUUUUUUGUGUUAUCUGGUUAUUUGAUGUGUUUAAUUCUGUCCAAAAAUUACGAGAACAAAAAAUCAAUCAAUAAUUUCAAAAAUUUUGGAUUUUUACCAGAGGAGAUUAUGUCGAAUUUCACCGAAUUAUUAUUUUCUGAUCUUAAUCAAUAUUUCUUUAUUGAUUUUCACAUCGAUUUUUCCGGUAACAUUUAUUUUAACAAAUCAAAAAUCAGCAAAACAGUCAAUAUUUUUUAUGUCGAAUGAUUUUUCAAACUUGGAAGAUGAUUAUUAUAUUUUGUUAAAAAUUGCUGAAAAUCUAUUCACACAUACUUGGUCCCUUUGUGUUGAAAUUCAUUUUUAUUUUAUGAUUCCUAUUGUUUUUUAUUCAAUAUUAAAGGGUUUUCCCGAUAAUGAUCAGAAAAAUUAUUGUCUUUCAAUUUUGAUAGUUUUAUCUGCAAUUUCUUUGUGUUAUUAUUUUAUUUCAUCAAGAAGCAUCGCUUUUUAUAGUGUUUUUGCAAGAAUUUGGCAAUUUUUAGCUGGGUUUUUGGUUUAUAUUUGGAAACAAGAUAAAAAUAAUAAUGAAUCGGAAGAUGAAGAAACUCAAGGAAUCUUUUCGAUAGUUGAAAAUAAAGAUACAGAAGUGGAAGCAAAUUAUGAAAACACACAAAUUUGGUUAUUAUUGAUUACAAUUUUGAUGCUUUUUGUAGGUUUUGAAUAUCCGGAGAAAAUUGUUAGGUAAUACGCUAUACAUUGAAAAAAUAUCACAAAAAUCCACAAUCCCUCUGAAGAUAUUUUCCAGAAUUGGUAUGACCUUGAUAACGGCAUUGCUUAUAUUAAUCUCCGAAAACAACAACAUUUUAUCAAAUAAGUUUAUGAUUUAUAUUGGGAAUAUAUCAUAUUCAUUAUAUUUGAUUCAUUGGCCAAUUUAUUGUUAUUCUAAAUUUUUCAAUCUGAACAAAUUCCCCUUUUUAAUUCUAUCAAUAUUUUUGGGAAUAUUGAUCUAUGAAACUUUCGAAAAAUGGUAUACAACAAAAAUUGAAAGAAAAUCACAAAUUAUAUUAUCUACAAUUCUUUUCAUUUUUUGUGUUCUAGCAAUUUGGAGAGAAGAUUUUCGUGAAACAUAUAUGAAUUUCACUGGACAAUUUGACACAAUUAAGAAUAAUGCAUUAUUUGGUCCUGUGAAUUCAACAAAUAUGACAUUAGAUGAAAUUAUCAAAAUUAAUAGAAUGUAUGCGUUAAAAGAUGAGGAAUUAUUGAAUUAUAAAGAAUGUGAAUAUAAAACAAAAGAACUGGUGCCAUUCGGGUUAUGUAACGUUAAAGUAAUACAUUUUUCAUAAUUAUAGUUAUGUUAAAAAAUUAACUGACCUUUAUCAAAGGGUUCACACGAUUUUUUUUUGCAGAAUGAGCUCUUAUCCCAAACUAUUGUUUUUUUUGCAGAAUCUCUCCUCAACUGCACCUUUCAAAAUUCUCAUUAUUGGAAAUAGUUAUGCAGCAAACCUUGCGCCACUAAUAUUUAAAUCGUGCUCCAAAAAGUCGAAUCUUAUCUGGUCGGCAUCUCAUCCAGGUUGUGACUAUUUGUGUAGAGAAUAUACAUGGCACCAAUCUUGUAAAACUACCCUCGAGAACCCAUAUGAAACUAUUGAAAAAAUGAAAUUCGAUUAUAUUUUUCUGAUUUCACAAUGUGGAGGAUUCUGUGUGAAUGAUGAAAAAUCAGAUAAAGUUGACACCGUAUUGAAUUUUGCCAUAUCACAAAUUGCAAAAAUCAAAGAUUUUGUAAAGCACAAAAUCUACAUUCAAACUUCUGUGACGGUUCCAAGUCAUAUGAAUUAUCUCGAUAUUUUAUUGGCAAAUCAUACGAGUUUUGAUGAAAUUGAUGUAAGUUUGGAUUUUAGAUGAAAACCGUGAGAUUUUCAAUGAGACACAAUUUUCCAAAAAAUUUACAACUGACGAGCAAACCUGACAUGAGCCACAAAAUUUUUUUCUGAAAAGGUAUGGCUUUACUAACCAAAAAUGUGUGACUUUGGUAAAACGACCCUCCUAAACAACUUUAUGCAUUCAGUUUUUCACAAAAAUCAUAUGUAACACGAGUUAUGGGCUCUCAAAACCACAAAAUUUCAAAAAAUUCUCCACUUUUGGCUCUUAAGAGAACCGCUCAGCAAAAAUUGAAAACAGGAUCUUUUUCAGCGUGGAAAAUUGUACAGAAACAUAUAUUUAUGUCUCAUUGAAAAUCACAAAAAAAAACGUGAAAUAAAUCGCCCUCUCUUUGUCAAUUAAUAUGAAUUCCAAAAAAAACUUUUCAUUAAAAAAGUCGAUUUGUUUUGCAGAAAUUCUUCUCGACUCAUCUAAGAGAACCCAGAAAGAUAGGCGAUCUCCGAAACGAGAAAAUUGCAAAGUUUUGCGGCUCAAAAUGUGAAUAUUUUGACCCGUACGCAAACUUUCAACGGAAUCCAUAUGCUCCCGAGAUAUUUCGAUUUUUUGAUGACAACGGUUUGGCCUAUGUGCAUUCUGGCGGACAUUUCACACCAAAUGCGUGGAGUAAAAUUCAGCCCAUUUUUGAUGAGAUUUGUGAUAAAAUAUAG